GACUUUCUCACCUCAACAAUUAAAAUUGUCAAUUCAGCAGUUCCUGUCGUUGUGUUUGUUGUGCAGUGAAGAAGUCUUGCACUGGAAUACUUUCCUGCAAUAGCAAAAGGAUGGCGGUACACAAUGUGUUGUCAAGCCUGCUAUUACUACAAGCAGCAGCCUUCCAAGUCUUGCUGUUUCACACUCUUUUGACAACGGCCUUUCCAGAAUCUCAAAAUCCGUUCUCGGCAGGUCCCCACAUUUCUGCCCCACAAAAUGAUGGCUGUCACCUCCAGUUGUUUGACAAUGCCACAUUGAAUACGUACAGUCAACUGUCACGGUUUCCCUUUGACACUCCUCCCUGUUGGCAGGAUGAUGAAUCCACAAUGAAGGGUCGAGUGGUCCUUCAUGUCCAUGGUUCUGUCAAGGGUGUUCAAUACGAUCGGGCGGGAGCACUCUGGGUCAAUGGAGUGUCCGUCUUGCGCAUGACCACACCCGAACCGACACGGGACGGAAUUGCCUGGAAUAUCGAACGCGAUGUAACGACCUACGCGACGCUAUUCCGUAAUGGAGGACAAGUUCAAGUCCAAAUCCCCAACAAUGUCAACAACGUUUACACGGGUGUCAUUUACUUGUCGGCCCAUGUCGUAUUUUAUCCUGACAAAGACAACAUCAGCCAACAACAACCAGCCAUGAUGGCCGACCAUGUCCAGAGUCUGGCCCAUCCCACCAAACACAACGAUGCGUGGUCGGCCAUGGCCAUUCGUGGUGGUGGUAAAAGUCAUCCGGCACAGACUCUUAAUUUCACACUGCCAUCCAAACGAAAACGAAAAAGUAUCGCCCGGGCUCAUAUCGACUUGUAUGCAUCCGCCCAUGCGUGCGAAGAAUUUUGGUACACCAAUCCUCCACCCAAUACUGACAAUGGAUGUGGAGGAGGCAGUACACGGGCCAUUCAACUGAAAGUGGAUGGACGUGUCGCCGGUAUCCAGCUGCCCUUUCCCGUCAUUUAUACGGGAGGCAUCAAUCCGUUGCUCUGGAGACCUCAAACGGGAAUCUACAGCUUCCACAUUCCGCCCUACUUUUUCGAUAUUACUCCUCUACUACAGGAUGAUGAUGGUCCAGCAACAACGCACACACUGCAAGUCAAAAUAUUGGGCAACUCGGCCCAAGGAGAGUGGAAUGUCGAUCCCGUAUUGGUGAUAUACUAUGACGAUGAUGACAAUGAUGGUGAUGAUGCAGCUCGUCUGGACAACCAAGAGGCUGUGACGCCACCAAGAACUUCAAUCGAUCGAUAUGAAUUCGUCUUACGAGGACCCACCGUGACAAUCAUCAAUGCGACAAAUGAUGAUGGCAACAACAAGACAAACAUUACAUGGAUCGAGACUUUGGAAGCAGAGCUGACCAUUGAGACUGGGAACUCAAACAUCACUUCCAAGCUCUCGUCGUCCAUCACCAACCAGUUAUUGGGGGACAGUCUCCAAGUUACGUCUGCCAGCUUGAACACUUGGAUGAAUUCUUCCUCCUACAAUCGGACUGAAGCCAUGGAGUAUCCUCUGAAUGUCACAACCGAGUAUCGAACGGACAAUCAUUCCUUCUUCAUCCAAGCUAGCGUCCAACAAGGACUACGACACGCUAUUACUAGUAGUAUGCAGAGCUCUCCAUCGUCAGAAUCCUCGACUAUUAUAUAUCAAGACCAAAUUGCGGCCAAUGCCACCUACAGUCGGUCCACCACGCCCGAUCGAACCGUGUACGAGCAACGCGGUGCAAGUGCGCAGCAUACGACACUUUCCGUUCCAAACAACAAGACAAACUGUUUUCGGCAGCAGAUUCAUGCCAAGAAUGGUUUUGUGACAGCCUUUCAAGAAGAGGAAUCUUCUUGCGGUAACAUGUUUUGCGCCCAAUUCGACACUUGUAGUCCCAAGAUUGUCAAUGCUACAAGAACGAGCAACAAAAAGGCUCGUACACGACCGUAUGAGCUUCGCGAGUACCAUCUGGACUUGUUGGUACGGCAUCCAAGGUCGCAGUUUGCCUUGCAAGAGCCUCCAAGUUGGGAAAUGCAGCAACGACAACAAAUAGGGUCCGUUUCUGACUGAGGAAAAGGCAUUCCGCAUUGUUUGAUAGCUAGAGAAAAAUCGUAAGCACAGCUUCCUGAUUCGGUGUUUCCCCCAUGGGUUUCUCUCCAGUCUCGCCGGAGAGCCGACAUCAGAUUGCCAAAGAAGAACCAGGCAGGCCAUUGUACCGGUAGGAUCCUUGGAAGGGGCAAGUCCGGCUUUUAAAGUACGAUACUGUACUGAUGAUUUCGAUAGCAAGCGAACUGACAAUUGAUAUCCCUCCUCGACGUACAAAGCUUCCAAUGAUGAUUUCCACCAAGAGUUCAUAGGCAAGGGAACUACGUACUGCAACAGUAAGCUUCUGCUCUUCCUGAAGGUCCAGCUGACAUUGGCUACAAAGUAAGCAACAUAAAGCUAGCUAGCUAUUUCCUUUUAGCAACCAAAUUAUAUUGCGAUUACAUUAUGACGAACUGGAUAAGAAUAUGAGAUGAGAAGAAAAUGGAGGGGAGGGUGAAGAAAGCCAAUACAUUGCUGACAGCUAUUCCCAUUUCGGCAAGGAAGCCAGCUCUGUUUCCGUUUGGUUUAAAAACUUUCUUGUAUAAACAAGUGAUUUGAUGCCACAAGCACCCAUGGUAGUAGAGCUUUUUCUCUUUGUCCGUUUGCAGUAGUGAUUGCUAUUGCCAGGUCCAAAUGGGAAAGGUUGUUGUGUAAGUAGCGCCAGGCAUCUUACAGCUGCAUGGGUUCUGGUCUACUGCCUCCUGCCGAGUGGUGAUGGUUAUCAAUACCAAUUCCCCGAGCUCCGUCCUUGGCUCUUUGCAGGGCUUCUGCAUCACAGUUGGCCGCCAACCAUGGGUGAGUCAAGGCUUGCUCCGCUGUAUACCUGUACUCAAUGUUGUAGGACAGCAGCGUGGAAACAAAUGCCAUGGCCUCAUCCGAAACAUCCCUGAAGAGUUCAUGAGGAAAUGUGUAUUCCCCUUGAACAAUGGAAGCCUUGAUGGCUUCGUCAUUCUUUCCGUAGAAUGGAGGAGCUCCCGACAAGAGCAUGUAGACAAUGACACCCAAACUCCACAGGUCACAGGCUUCGGUGUACGACUUCUUGAGGACUUCUGGUGCCACGUAGUACGAGGACCCGACCACACGAGAGAGCCGUUGUCCCCGUGUAAAGUGCGUCGACAGACCAAAGUCAAUCAGCUUGAGUGGGCUCCAGACGUCCUUGCCCGAUUCGAGGACCCAAUUCUCCAACUUCAAAUCACGAUGACAAAUACUUCGCGAGUGCAAGAAUGCAACCGAUGAUAACAUCUCUGCCACAGUCUUGGCUGUUUUGGUUGGUUGAGUGAUGGACAAGGAGACAAAGAGUUAGAAGAGAAC